AUGCAAGAUACUGGUUAUACCUUUCCGAAUGAAGUUUCAAUAAACGACUUAGAGGAGAGAGAAAUUGAUAAGUUGUUAAAUGAUGCUAUUGACAUAAUAAGCGAAAAUCCUUUUGCAAUAACUAAUGAAGAAUUAUUUGAUACUAUGCGUAGUUUCGUAAAAAAUUUUAAUACAUUAAAAUCCGGUAUAUUAAAUCGUGUACUCGAUAUAAUCAUAUCAGGUUUACAAAGCGAAUAUACAAACACGUCAAAUGAUUUAGAUGACGAUGAUGAAGAAACUUAUAGUGAUCAUCGAAUUGCCUUGGAAAUGUAUGGAUUUUUGUUGUUCUGGUUUAUUACUAAUGCAGAGCGUAAAGCAACAUCUAAAAGUAGUGUAAAUGGAGAAACAAUUACAUCAGGUGGAAAAGCAAAGACAAAGAGAACAAGACAGACUAGAUCUAAAGUUUCUUCAAAUAAUAAUGAAGAUUGGGAUUGGUCUAAACAAAAGCAAGAAGCCUUAGAUUUAAUGAUAAAAGUUUUGGAACCUAGAAUUAAAAAAAUUUGGACUUCAACUCAUGAAAUAGAAAUCUUUGUUAGUUUAUUUACAAAAUCUGCAUAUCGAAUGUUGGAAAAUAUUACGACGAUUAAAACUUCUUCCAUAAAAUCACGCGUCUAUACUAUCCUUUCAAUAUGUGUCAAAGAAUAUAAUCACGCAUUUGGUGCACAAACUACUAUAAUUCAGAAUUUACAAUAUUAUGAGCAUCUAUCCGAACCUAUGGCAGAAUUUCUUCAAGUCCUUGUUCAGCAACAUGAUCAUACACAAUUAGCGGAAAAUACAUUAGUAGAAAUAAGCGAUAAGGAAUUUAAUAGUCAAGAUACUACUGGUCCAAAAUCAUUUUCGAAAUUUCUUAUUAAACUAUCUGUAUUAGCUCCAAAAGUAGUGGUCAAGCAAAUUGUACUUCUGAGUAAACAUCUAACAAGUGAAUCUUAUACUAUGCGUUGUGGAUUAAUUGAAGUAAUGGGGAACCUUAUCAUUGAUUUGGCGCAACAGGAAGGGAAUGCACCAAAUAACGCGCAUCAAGUUAAUGGAUUCUUCGAUGCUAUUGAAGAACGCUUUCUUGAUCUUAGUUCUUAUUGUCGUUUAAGAGUAUUACAAGUAUAUUACAAGCUUUGUGAAUUAAAAGUCAAAUUUCCAAAACGACGGCAAAAGGUUGUGGACCUGGUUAUUCGUUGUUUAGAAGAUAAGGCUAGUAUAGUCCGUAAAAAUGCAAUUAAGUUAUUGACCAAAUUGAUUUCAACACAUCCAUAUGGCAUUAUGCAUGGAGGUGAGUUAUCUGUUAAAGAAUGGGAAGAACGCCUAAGAAAAGUUGAAGAAGAAUUGAAGGCAAUUCAACCUCCUAAAGAACUUGCAGAAAUUGGUGCUGAAGCUCUUACAGAAAACGAAGAUACAGAUAGUGAAGUUGAAACUUUUGAUGAAGAUAUCGAAAUGGCAGAAGCGGCAGUGGCUCCUCAUUUAUCAUCGUCCGAUGAGCUUAUGAAAUUGCAAAUGACAAGACGUUAUUAUGCAGAUGCUGUUCGAUUCAUACACCAAAUUUAUACGGCAAUACCAACACUUUGCCAACUUCUUGGUUCUACCACUAAAACAGAAGUGAUUGAGGCUAUCGAAUUCUUUGAAACGGCACAAUUGUACAAAAUUGAAGAGGCCAAUGAAGGGAUUAAAAAGAUGUUACAUUUAAUUUGGACAAAGGAUAAUAAUGAUGAGGGUAAAGGUAUUAGAAAACGCCUGAUCGAAAGUUAUCGAAAAUUAUAUAUUGAGCAAGACCAGUCGCUAUCAGAAAAAGAGAAUGUGAAUAUAGUUACCAGAAAUUUGAUAAGUUUAACAGAUAAUGCUACACUCGCCGAAUUGACAUCCCUUGAACAACUUUUAAAUAUUUCUAAAGAACAAAGAUGUGGUGCAAUCAUCGUACUAAGUAUGCUUGCCAAAGCUAAGACGGAGAUUGUACAGGAAAAGAUUGAUUUACUUCUCAAGGUUGGACUAGGACAAUUUGGUAAAGCAGACUUGGUUUUAGCAAAAUAUACUUGUAUUGCCUUACAGCGCCUUGCUGGUGAUCAAAUCAAAGUUAAAGGGUCCUUGGCCAAUAAUUCAAAUCGGCUAUCAUUAUCUCAUCAGAUUUUUCAUAAACUAAAGCAAAUUAUCGAAUUACAGACUACCUCAACAGAAUGGUUUGGAGUAGCUGAGCAGGCAAUAAAUACAAUAUAUUUACUUAGUGAACAUCCGGAUGUUUUAUGUGGUGAUAUUAUUAAACGAAAAGCUUCUUUAGUUUAUGAUCUUAAAAUUCUUGGUGCUGACAGUGAAAUGGAAAUUGAUGAAGGAGAAAACAUUCUCACAAAUCAAGAAUCAUUCUUGACACAUCCACUCCAUUUAAGUCAACUAUUAUUUAUAGUUGGACAUGUGGCUAUUAAACAGAUUGUUCAUUUAGAAGUAAUUGAGACAGAGUGGAAAAGGAGAAAAGAAAAAACAACCAAGAAUACUGGCGAUGAUGAAUUAGAACAAGUAGUGGGAUCUAACGAAGACGAGUUUGUAGAAGCAAUAGCGGAAAUUCGUGAAAAAGAACUAUUAUUCAGUCCAUAUUCGUUGUUAAAAGUGUUCGGUCCUUUAAUUGUAAAUAUAUGUGCAAAUAAUAAAACUUAUAAUCAUCGAAAUUUACAAAUUGCUGCAACACUUGCCUUAGCAAAAUUAAUGUGCGUGAGUUCAGAAUUUUGUGAAGAUAACUUACAAUUACUUUUCACCAUUCUUGAAAGGUCAAAUGAGCCUACAAUCCGUAGUAAUAUCAUUAUUGCUUUAGGUGACAUGACAGUGUGUUUUAAUAAUAUAAUUGAUGAAAAUAUCAAUUAUUUUUAUAAGCGCCUUGCGGAUCCAGAUAAUCUGGUCAAAAAAAAUACAUUAAUGGUACUCACCCACUUAAUUCUUAACGGAAUGAUUAAGGUUAAGGGGUAUUUGGGGGAGAUGGCUAAAUGUUUGGAAGAUAAAGAUCGGAGAAUCAGUGAUCUUGCAAAAUUAUUUUUCACUGAGCUCGCAUCAAAAGACAAUGCAGUAUAUAACAAUUUACCUGAUAUAAUUAGUAAUCUUUCUAAUGGGGAGAAUCCAGUCAAUGAAGAAUCAUUCAAGAGAAUUAUGAAAUUUUUGUUUGAUUUUAUUGAAAAGGAUAAACAAUCAGAUAAUUUGGUAGAAAAGUUGUUUCAAAGGUUUAAAAAUCUUGAUGAUAUAAGACAAUGGCGAGACAUUGCUUAUUGUCUGUCUUUACUACCCUACAAAAGUGAAAGAAGUUUCAGGAAGUUGACUGAAGGAAUCGCACAAUAUCAAGAUAAAUUACAUGAAUAUGAAUUGCAAAAGCCACAUCGACAGAAAAAAUUAAGUAAAUCACAAGGCCUCUUUGAAGAUACUUAA